AUGGCGCCGUUGGUCGACAAUGCCCAGAUCAAGGAGGCCGAGUUGCUGCUGCCGCUUCCCUUGCAGUUCCACGCCUACGUCUGGCCGUUCGCCAUCAUCUGGCCCAUCUUCCUGCGCUACUAUCUGACCAAGGAACUCUACGACAAGUACAUCGGUGCGCCAGAAUGGACUUUUGUUUGGUGUGGCACCAUAAUCACUUUGCAGUCACUUGUCUGGCUGAGCACCCACUGGAGUGUCGGCCUGGACGCACGCUUCAGGGCCACCAAGGUCAAAACCGUUGACGAGGCUCAGCUCAUCAAGGUCCUCCCCGUCGCCAACUCUGGCUCUGGCGAGAUAUGCAAACUGGUUCGAGACAAGACUGGCGGCAAGGUCAACACAUCCUUUCUCUUCCAAAAGCGCCGAUUCCUGUUCGAUACCACCACGAGAUCGUUCUCUACCCUCCAAUAUGAUAUCGACAACGAACCCAAGCCCACCGUCGGGCACUUCCAGUCCUCUAGGGGCCUGGAGAAGCAGUCGGACAUUUCGCGAAUCGAGCAGCACUACGGCACCAAUACCUUUGAUAUCCCUGUUCCGACCUUCACAGAGCUCUUCAAGGAGCAUGCUGUCGCGCCCUUCUUCGUUUUCCAGAUUUUCUGCGUCGGUCUUUGGCUGCUCGAUGAGUAUUGGUACUACUCGCUUUUCACGCUAUUCAUGCUCGUCGCCUUUGAGAGCACCGUUGUCUGGCAGCGCCAGCGUACGCUCAACGAAUUCCGCGGCAUGAGCAUCAAGCCGUACGAUAUCUGGGCGUUUCGCCUCGGGAAAUGGACUCAAGUGCAGACGGAUCGUCUUCUCCCCGGCGACUUGGUGUCUGUGGGACGUACCAAGGAAGACAGUGGUGUCGCCUGCGACAUGCUGCUGGUUGAGGGAACGGCGAUCGUUAACGAGGCGAUGCUUUCCGGAGAGAGCACACCCUUGCUCAAGGAUUCCAUCCAGCUACGUCCCUCGGAUGCCGCCCUUGACACCGAGGGGCUUGACAAGAAUGCUUUCCUGUGGGGAGGAACCAAGGUCCUUCAAGUUACCCACGGCAAUCCCGACCAAGAGAAGCCAAAACUUGCAUCCGGCGUCCCCCCGCCGCCUGAUAACGGAGCCAUGGCCAUUGUCACGAAAACCGGGUUCGAAACCUCCCAGGGCAGCCUCGUUCGCACCAUGAUUUACUCUACCGAGCGCGUUUCCGCAAACAACUUUGAAGCCCUGCUUUUCAUCCUCUUCCUUUUGAUCUUUGCGCUUGCCGCCUCAUGGUAUGUCUGGGACGAAGGUGUGCGCAAGGACCGCAAGCGAUCCAAGCUUCUGCUUGACUGCAUCUUGAUCGUCACCAGUGUCGUUCCGCCGGAACUGCCCAUGGAGCUGAGCCUUGCCGUCAACACCAGUCUGGCAGCGCUUUCCAAGCUGGCCAUUUUCUGCACCGAGCCGUUUAGAAUCCCUUACGGUGGCCGCAUUGACAUUGCUUGCUUCGACAAAACCGGAACCCUCACCGGGGAGGAUUUGGUGGUGGAAGGUAUUGCGGGGCUUGGCUUGGCCAAUUCCGAGAUCAACGACACCAAAGAAACUGACGGGGCUCACUCCACAAUGGUCUCUGUGGUGGAUGCGAGCCUUGAGACGCAGCUGGUUCUGGCCACUGCCCAUGCCCUGGUCAGGCUCGAGGAAGGCGAUAUUGUCGGCGACCCGAUGGAAAAGGCAACCCUUACGUCCCUCGGGUGGGGGCUCGGAGGCAACGAUAUUUUGGCCAGCAGAAGCAACAACGGCACUCAAGGAACAGUUCAGAUCAAGCGUCGUUUCCAAUUCUCCUCGGCGCUCAAACGCCAAAGCUCGGUCGCCCUUGUCAACGGUAUCUCCAAGACUGGGAAGAAGAUCCGCGGUACCUUUGUCGGUGUAAAGGGUGCUCCGGAAACGAUCAUGAGGAUGCUGGUUGAUGUUCCUGCCGGCUAUGAGGAGACGUUCAAAUACUUCACCCGCAAGGGUUCGCGUGUCUUGGCUCUGGCCUACAAGCAGCUCACGGUCCAGUCUGAACUCAGUUCCGGCAAAAUCAACGAUUUGAAGCGUGAACAGGUUGAAGCCGGCCUCACCUUUGCUGGCUUUCUGGUUCUUCACUGCCCCCUCAAGGAGGAUGCCAAGGAGGCUGUCCGGAUGCUAAACGAGAGUAGCCACCGCGUUGUCAUGAUUACAGGAGACAACCCUCUGACCGCUGUCCACGUCGCUCGCGAGGUAGACAUUGUUGAUCGGGACGUUUUGAUUCUGGAUGCACCCGAGGAUAAUGCGGGCGGGAAAAGGCUGGUUUGGAAGAGCGUCGAUGACAAGAUUAGCAUCCCUGUCGAUGCAAGGCAAGCCAUCGACUCUGAAAUCCUCCGCACCAAGGACCUCUGCGUUACCGGGUAUGCGCUGGCUCAGUUCAAAGACCAAGCCGGCUGGAAUUCUUUGCUGCGCCACGCCUGGGUUUAUGCGCGGGUAUCGCCCAAGCAAAAGGAGGAUAUUCUGCUCGGCUUGAAAGACAUGGGUUACUACACUCUCAUGGCUGGCGAUGGUACAAACGAUGUCGGCGCUCUCAAGCAGGCGCACAUCGGAGUUGCCCUGCUCAACGGUACCAAGGAAGAUUUGGCGCGCAUCGCCGAGCACGCCAGAAACACAAAGAUGAAGGAAGUGUACCAAAAGCAAUGCGACUUGAUGAAGCGCUUCAACCAACCCACGCCGCCCGUUCCUGUCAUGAUUGCUCAUCUCUUUCCGCCCGGUCCAACCAACCCCAACUACAUGAAGGCUGCCGAACGGGAGGCCAAGAACAAGAAGAUGACGGUGGAGGCAUACAUCAAAGCGCAGGGCCACCCGGUCGAGACCAUAGUAUCGCCUGGUGCUCGGAGCCUGGUCUCUGCCGAGAAUGCCCGACAGGCCGAGGUUCAGAAGAAGGCUGCCGGGUUCGCUGACAAGCUUGCCGGCGGGAUGCUCGAGGCAGAACUCGGCGACGACGAGCCUCCGACCCUGAAGCUGGGUGAUGCAUCGGUUGCCGCCCCAUUCACGUCCAAGCUGCGCGACGUCAUGGCCAUCCCCAAUAUUAUCCGGCAGGGCCGCUGCACACUCGUGGCCACCAUCCAGAUGUACAAGAUUCUUGCCCUCAACUGCCUGAUCAGCGCUUACUCUCUGUCAGUCCUCUACCUCGAGGGCAUAAAGUUUGGCGAUACCCAGUACACCAUCAGCGGCAUGCUCAUGUCCGUCUGCUUCCUCAGCAUUUCCCGCGCCAAGGUUGUGGAGGGCCUGAGCAAGGAGCGCCCCCAACCCAACAUUUUCAACAUUUACAUCAUUGGCUCCAUCCUAGGACAGUUUGCCGUGCACAUUGUGACGCUGAUUUACAUUGCCCGUCUCUGCGAGAAGAUUGAACCUCGAUCUGGCCUCGUCGAUCUGGAAGCCGAGUUCGAACCAUCCCUUCUCAAUUCCGCCAUCUACCUGCUGCAGCUCAUUCAGCAAGUGUCCACCUUUGCCAUCAACUACCAGGGGCGUCCGUUCCGCGAGUCCCUCUCCGAGAACAAGGCCAUGUUUUACGGCAUAGUCGGCGUCUCCGGCCUCGCCUUUGUGUGCGCUCUCGAGCUUGUCCCCGAAAUCAACGAGGGCAUGAAGCUCGUCAAGUUUACAGACGAGUUCAAGCUCAAGAUGGCCAUCUGCAUGGCUCUCGACUACACCGUCUGCUGGGUCAUUGAAAGGGGCCUCAAGGCCGGCUUCAGCGACUACCAGGCUCGCGAUAUCGCCGAGCGACGACCAGAUCAGCUCGACAAGGAAAAUGCCCGCAAGAAAAUCGAGGCCGAGAAGAAGGCCGCCGACGAGGAGCGCAAGAGGAUGGAGAAGGUGGCCGAGUUUGAGCGUCAAGUUGCUGAGCGGAGGAGAAAGCUGGAGGAGUGGAAGGCCGGCCGACGCGCUCAGUGA